AUGUGGAAGCUUGUUCUCUUCGCCGAGACCGAGGACGCCCAUGAGAAGGCAUGGAGAGACCUUUGUAAAGAGUUUGAUGACCAGCGAGCUAUCUUACGCUAUCUCCAUGGGACGUACUUGCCUAUUAGGGCCCAGUGGGCACGCUGCUUCAUCCGCAAGUAUCGCAACUUUGGUAUCCGCGUCACCUCCGGCACGGAAGCGAGCAACAACAACAUCAAGAGCUAUCUCUUGAACGGUAUGAGCCACUUAUAUCGACUUGUCGAGGCGAUGCAGGACAUGAUGAGAGAUCAAGAACGUGACUUUAAGGAUGCUUGCGCGCAGGAUGAGGUCCUUACCGCCCGCGAAUACCUAGGGUCGAGCGGAGACUAUCUGGGUGAAUUACGAACAGUGAUUUCAUCAAAGGGGCUUGGGCUAAUCAACAAGCAAUACCGUAUUGCUCGCAAGGCGAUGCCUACCGGUAAGAAUCCCUUUCCGGAGCCUCUCCUAGAUUGUAACGACAACUGCUCGGUUUCUAUCGAGCUCGGGAUACCUUGUUGUCAUAAAGUCUACGCGAAGCUGGGUUCUGCGACGCCUUUCACCAAAUAUGAUGUCCAUCAACGCUGGCGACUACGGGAGUCAUCAUCUCAAGAUCCAUACCGCCGGAUUCUUGACCCUAAGAUUGCCACUGCUCUUCGUGGUAGGCCUAAGAACACUUCGCAGCCUGUGCCUGCGAGACUGGCUAUCGGCGGGAACAGCCAAAGCGUGAGUCAAUUGACCAGCCUGCCGGCAAGCCAGCCCACAGGGCGUAAACGAGGUCGGCCAGCGGGAAGUCGAAAUAAAUCCACACUCGCCAGGCUUUCGCAAGAAGCAAGCCAAGCGAGUAACACGCAGGCCAGUAUUCAGGUCAGCAUAUCGACCCAGCGCCAGACACGUAGUCAGUCAGCUACCCUUGGAUCUGGAAGAACAACAGGAGUUCGUGCCAGCGGUCGGAGGACGCAACCUAGCAUCCGGAGGACAAGGAGUCAAUGGGAGCUAGUUGAUAGCGAUGAGGAUAUUCUUCCUUCUAUUGUGGUUAGAAAGUAG